CGACCGACUUUGCCGUGGAGCCAGCACCUCCUGCCGUGACACCGGUCGUGGCGUCGGUCUCCUCUCCGCGUCGGUGCCAAAAAGCUCCGUGGCUCCACACCACCGACUGAGCGCACAUGAACGGUGACAUGGCCGCAUCUUCAAGCCGGAUCAUGUUGGGCCCGCUGGUCGCCGCCAUCGACCAGGGGACGAGCUCCACUCGGUUUCUGGUGUUCAACUCGAAAACAGCAGAACUCCUCAGCCAUCAUCAGGUGGAGAUCAAACAGAGCUUCCCCAAAGAGGGAUGGGUGGAGGAGGACCCUAGAGAAAUCCUGCAGUCGGUGUAUGAGUGCAUGGAGCGGACGUGUGAGAAACUCACACAGCUCAACAUCGACAUCUCAAACAUCAAAGCUAUUGGAGUGACCAACCAAAGAGAGACCACGCUUGUGUGGGACAAAGAGACAGGGGAACCCCUCUACAAUGCAAUCGUGUGGCUGGACCUGCGAACCCAAUCAACAGUUGAACGUCUGAUUAACAAAACUCCAGGGAGGAACAAGAAUCACCUUAAGCAUAAAACAGGCCUCCCCAUCAGCACUUACUUCAGCGCGGUGAAGCUUCGCUGGCUGAUGGACAACGUGGACGAAGUGCACGAGGCCAUCCUGUCCCACCGCGCCAUGUUCGGCACCAUCGACUCCUGGCUCAUUUGGUGCCUGACAGGGGGGAAAAAGGGAGGCGUCCACUGCACAGAUGUGACCAACGCCAGCAGAACCAUGCUGUUUAACAUUCACACCAUGGACUGGGACCCAGAGCUUUGCAGUUAUUUUGGUAUUCCGAUGGAGAUCUUGCCCAGAGUGAGAAGCUCUUCAGAGAUAUACGGCCUCAUGAAAAUAUGUUCUAGCCUGAAAUCAGGGGCUCUUACAGGUAUUCCGAUAUCUGGCUGUCUCGGGGAUCAGUCAGCGGCGCUUGUUGGACAGAUGUGCUUUCAGGACGGGCACGCCAAAAACACAUAUGGGACUGGCUGUUUUCUGCUCAGAAACACCGGGUCCAAGCCUGUAAUGUCUGACCACGGUCUGCUGACCACUGUGGCGUACAAGCUUGGCCGAGACAAACCUGCUUGCUAUGCACUGGAGGGCUCUGUGGCCAUCGCAGGAGCUGUGGUUCGGUGGCUGAAGGACAAUCUGGGCAUCAUCGACGGUUCUGAAGAACUGGAGAAGUUGGCUGCAUCUGUCGGCACGUCUUACGGUUGUUAUUUUGUUCCUGCGUUCUCUGGCUUGUAUGCCCCCUACUGGGAGCCCAGCGCAAGAGGGAUCAUUUGUGGAUUAACUCAGUUCACAAAUAGGAGUCACCUAGCGUUCGCUGCUUUGGAGGCCGUCUGUUUCCAGACACGAGAGAUACUGGAUGCGAUGAACCAGGACAGCGGCAUUCCUCUGAAUCAGCUGCAGGUGGACGGAGGGAUGACGUCCAACAGACUGCUGAUGCAGCUGCAGGCAGACAUACUCUGUAUCCCUGUUGUGAAGCCCUCCAUGCCUGAGACCACUGCUCUCGGGGCGGCGAUGGCAGCAGGAGCAGCAGAGGGCGUGAGCGUGUGGAGUCUGAGCCCCGAGGACCUGAGUGAAGUCACCUCAGAGAAAUUUGAGCCACAGAUCAACCCUGAAGAGAGUGAGUUUAGGUACGCACGAUGGAAGAAGGCAGUUCAGAAAGCCAUGAACUGGGAAACGACGGAGCCCAUUUGUAAUGGAAACGGUGAAACUAGUAUCUUCAGUAGCGUCCCGCUGGGCUUUUACAUUUUGGGCAGCAUGUUAAUGUUAAUCGGAGCAAAAUACAUCUCAGGCCAGAAAUAGGCCCUGACGCUUGGAGGCAUCAAGGCAUUAAGUAAGAGGAAGAGUGGAAGCAAAUCCUCAUCGCACCAGACCACCACUUGUCCUCUUGGCUGUGCUCUCUCCACAAAAACGCAUUCCCGAGGAACGAGACGCUCGCAGCCUUGCUAUUGAAUCCGAUGAUGACUUGAAAUUCAAAGCGAGCUUUACUCAAUCGCUGACGCUCGAAUGCCAAGUUUGAACUGAGCAAUGGGAUGUGGACAUAACAGAUGAUUUUUUUUGUGUGUGUUUUUCUCUGCAGCAAGGCACAACACACGGUUGUUCCUCUGUCUGUAAUUUAGACAUGAACUCUAGAAGGUGUGCAUGCAAUAUAUAUUUUUCUUAAUUUUUUUUUUUUUUUUUGUACGAGGUGAAUUUUUCCCAAGGUUGUUAUUUAUGUAGAAACUGAUGGUACUCCAGAUUGUAAAUUUUGCCAUGGCUGUGUUAAGUGCAGUACGCUGUCUAAAUCUGCAUCGCUUAUUAUUUUGUCACUUCACUGUUACACUUGAAUGGUCCUCUAACAUCCUGCGACUUGAUGUUGUUUGAGACCCCCCCCCCCCCUCCCAAACCACCACCAUGAACUUUAGAGAACAAUUUUAGAGCACUUUAUAUAUUUUCUGUUGUUUGUCUUGUGAGAUGUGUAGAAAAAGAGGCUGCGUAUAUUUUGGACAGUUUGGAUUAACACGCUGAAAAGGUUUCGGUAUGUUUUUAGGGCACAGAAAAGUUGGGACCUAAUGGAAGAGAGUUAUUGAACGGACAGGGUUUUUUUGGGGAAAAGUGAUGUUCUGUUUACUUGAAUGUUUGUAGAGUGAAAGAUAAGGUGUUUCGAUGAGCAGGGAUGAAUGUGCAGACGAUUUUAGAUUCCUGUGUUCCUGACCAGUCCACCCACUGUCAAAUGUUUAAUAGGACAGUGGAAGAAGGAAAAAGUCAAGGGACAAAACUUUACAUGUUCCAACUUUAGAGUAAAUCCGUUAGAUGAUGGAAAUGUGGCACUUCCCUUCACUGACUUGUGAAGGUUUUGAGUAUGAAGGUUACAGACGGACUGAAAGGACAAUUAAUGUUGCACGGUGAAUUUGCUCAAGCUACGUUUGUGAGCAUUCAGUCUUGUGUUUCUGUUUCUUUCCAUGUGCUUAAAACGGUGGAUCUGAGCUUUGAUUUUGACCCUUUAUGAAACAAAGAGGAAGCCAGUAUUUGCAUUGCAUCGACAUGCAGAGCGGGUAUAUUGCUUGGAAAAUUUUAAAAAUAUUUUUCACUUAUUUAAUUGCUUUGUAUUGAAUUCAAGUUAUAUGAUUAUUUAUUGAAUUGUUAAGAUGUUGAAUCCCAUAGAAGGUCUCAAAUUACAGUGUGUGUGACGGCAUGAAGGGCUCCUGAGAUGUGUAAACACUGUUUACUUGGCAGGACUGCCCAGUUUAGUUAUUUAUCAAUGGAUUGAAUAUAAGGGAAGACGUCAUCUUGUCUUUGUGUGUUUUAUGACUCAUUCUGGAGUCAUUUGCUUCGCUCCAUGAUGUGACAAGAUAACAAGGAAGAAUUUCCUUCUGAGAUAAAGUCGCCACUGAAAAACACUGAUUCUUAAAUGACUGCAGACAUGAGACCAAAGCAGGCUGUUGAUUACCAUUGAAGAUGGGAGUGAGUGGUUUUCUGUUUUGUUUUGUUUUUUAUUUAUUAUUUUUUAAACAAUGAUCAAUGAAUUUUCUGGUAGCAUCUUUGACACAUGGAUUUUAAACCUACAACUGCCCGCAGUGCAGUGUUUUGCAUCCUGUUGUAGCCUAUCCCUCACUUUGCAUGUGAUUUCCUCACACUCAUCCUCACAGUUUGGGACAUAUUGAUAUCACCUACUGUAUAUAAAAAGUGUACAAUCUGAAAUUCCACGUAUACUGACUUUGAACAAAUCUGGUACGUGUUUCAUCACCGUUUGCAAUGUAUGAAAACAUGUUUUGCAGGUAAAUAAAUGUCAUCAAAAA